CUGGGCGGCCCGGGGGCGGAGCCGGCCAUCUGCUCCAGGCGGGCGAGCCGGCGGGCGAGCGGGCGGGCUGGAGGCAGACAGACUAGCCCCCGGGCGGGGCCGAGCGCUCAGACUUUGGUCGGGAAUCCUCCAGAGGCCUCCUGAAACCGCCUCCAGGUUCCCCGAACCCCUCGGAAUCCCCUGACCGGGUCCUCGUCGCCGGCAGCGCCCAGAGCAGGGCGCCCAGAGCUGGGCGCAGCGCUCCUAGCGGGUCCAGGCGCAGAGUUCCUGCCUCUGUUGAAAGAAUGGCAUCCACAGGAGCCAACCAUAAGGACCUUGAAAAUCACCACAGUGACGACCUCGUGCGGCUUUGCAAUCCCAAUGUGGCCCAGAUGAAAGAAGAUGUUCUCUACCACUUCAGCCUCAGCACAAGCACACAUGACUUCCAGGCUAUGUUUGGAGACGUGAAGUUUGUGUGUGUCGGGGGAUCCCCUUCCCGGAUGCAGACCUUCAUCAGGUACCUGGCCUCAGAGCUUGGCCUUGACCAGCCGGGUGAAGAAUACCCCAACAUCUGCGAAGGGACGGACCGCUACGCCAUGUUCAAAGUGGGGCCGGUACUGUCUGUUAGUCAUGGGAUGGGCAUCCCCUCCAUCGCUAUCAUGCUGCACGAGCUCAUUAAGCUGCUGUACCACGCCAGGUGCACAGACGUCACCAUCAUCCGCAUCGGCACCUCGGGCGGCAUCGGGCUGGCUCCUGGCUCCGUGGUCAUCACACAGCAGGCUGUGGAUGCCGCCUUCAGGCCGGAGUUUGAGCAGAUGGUGCUGGGCAAGCGUGUGGUCCGGAGCACCGACCUGGACGAGCAGCUGGUGGUGGAGCUGCUGCAGUGCUCCAAGGACCUCAACGAGUUUCCCACCAUCGUAGGAAACACCAUGUGCACCCUGGACUUCUACGAAGGCCAAGGCCGUCUGGAUGGUGCUCUCUGCUCCUACACGGAGAAAGAUAAACAGGAUUAUUUGCAGGCAGCCUACGCUGCUGGCAUCCGGAACAUCGAGAUGGAGUCUUCCGUCUUUGCUGCCAUGUGCAGUGCUUGUGGCCUCCGAGCGGCCGUGGUAUGUGUCACCCUCCUGGACCGCCUCAAAGGGGACCAGAUCAGCAGCCCUCACGAGGUGCUUAUCGAAUACCAGCAGCGGCCUCAGCGGCUGGUGGGCUACUUCAUCAAGAAGCACCUUGGUGUGGCCUGAACCUCUCCGGAGAUGUGCUUGAGACUGUGUGCAAAAUAAAAUCCAUCCUCCAAA